AUGGACAUAACGACUUCGUCCCUCACGACGCUCGACAGCAUAUCGACUCCCAAUACAUUCUACACAGCCAAGGGCUUCUCGCCAGCGCCGCUAGCAGACACAAGCGCCCUCAGUAGUCCCCUCGUCGACGAUACGUUUUCCAACGGCCCUCGAUACCGCGACGCCACCCAGCUGCCCCACGAGCUGAAGCAACACUGCCAAAUCCACAUCGAAGAGGAACUAUACUCUCCCGCCAUCCACCUCCUCAACGGCCUCCUCAGCGAUGGCAGCACACUGGCGCCUAUGCGCGGCCGCCGACCAGCCGCCGAGCCCAUGACACCGGCCCGCGUCGCCCCGGCGUCGCAGAUUGCCCUUCUAAGCACCCUAACCAUUCAUCCACACUUCACGUCGCGUGUCGUAGAAAAGCACAACGCCCACAUUGCUGCCCGGUCGUUUGCAUACCUCCGUGCUCUCCUCGUCGUCCCUGGGCCCGUAAACGCGAAUCUGAGCGCCGCUUUUGCAUUUCGCCCCAUCAGUUGUAGCACCGGACGCGGCGGCCGCGGAGGAGGACUGCAUGAAUACAGCGGUGACAGCGGAAGCGGUAGCGACUCUGACAUCAUAACCGGUAGAUUGGCAACGGUGCAGAGCCUGUGGAGACGGGCGCCCGACUUCUGGUCACUCCUCGGCUGGAUAUUCCGGUGUGCAGUAGAAUAUCCGCACCGCUGGCGGCACUGGAAGGUGUGGCUGGAGUACAUGAUCGACGUGUUGGAGGCCGACUUGGACGAGCGCGUCAAGCUGGAUGAGGAACAACACGAGCAAGAUGUGGGGUAUGAACGGAAGAAGCGGUGCCAGUAUCCGGUGCUGCAGGGAAGCCUUCUUGCCGUCUACUUAGACGAUCUGCGGAGGGAGCGCAAGAACGCGCUGCGGGAGGUGGUGCGGGCGCUGCUCGCGUUUGCCGACGACGACCAGGCUGCCGACAAGGUCGCCUACAAGGAGAUUUUUGACCGCGAGAUGGUUGUGGCAGACCUACCCCGGAUCAGCAAGCGGAAGCGAGCGCAGGCCGUAGUCGACCUCGAAAAGAGCCAGUUCGGGGACUAUCUGGACAGAGAAACCGAUUUCGACUCCGACUCUACGGAUGACGAAGGCGCUGAUGACGGUCGAUUAAAGACCGCGAGACAGAAGAAAUCCACACAGUCGGAAGCACCAUUACGGCCGCGCACAACAAGAAGAGGAAGGAUAACAAGUAGCAAGCAGUCGGUGAAAGCAGAAUCCGCCUUAUUAGCAACGUUUCGCGUCACGGACAGCGUGGCCGAGACGGUGCCGUUACGGCUACGACUGUUCCGGAUCCUCUCGGCAGCGUCAUAUUACCUACCGGACCCCUUUGCGCGCGUCGAUGACCUUUAUGAGACGUUUUCCGAUCGCAUACGCGCGCUGCCGUUACCGAUGUUCCGGUUGCUGAUCGAGUCGCACGCGACGACACUGCCGCACUACGUAUACGUCUCGUUGCUUCGCCACAUCGUAGACGGGCUUCUGCAUGCGCACCACCCGGACCCUAGUUCCGUCGACCCAGACACGGACGCCGCGCACGGCGUGUCGGUGGUCAUGCUCCAGCUCUGCUUUCUCCCGUUUGCCGCUAACCGCGUCUCCGCCGAGGACAAUGCUAAGCUCUCGCUCGUGCUCGAGAACAUGCUCUGGUACAUAUACGUGCGCAGUGCCGCCGACGUCGUCUACUCUGACGACCUGCGCGCUGCCGUCGAGACGGGCAUCAAGGCUCGCGAAGACAAAAUCAUGAGCGCCCGCAGGGGGGGGGCUGCCGGUGCAUCCAAGGCGGAUGGCGCUGAAAAGGCGGCGCGAGAUGCGCUGCAGCGGUCGGCCAAGAGCAUGCGGCUGUUUGUUGACAUCCUCGCGAGCCCAAGCGAGGAUGACGACGAAUGA